AUGUCAUCCUCUUCUCCACGCCAUUUAUUUGUUCUUACGCUUGUGGCAUUGUUUUUUGCCGUAACGUUGCUCAUCACCAAAGAUCAGCAACACCUUGUCGUUUCUCAUUUGUUGACAACUGACAGCGCUCCCAAUCUUCUCACCGCCAGCACCACCGACGAGUCCUACAACUCCAACAACAACGACCACCAAAGUCUCCUUGUCCAUGUGAAACUUCUUGACCAUGUCUUGAUGACUCACUCCAUUCUCGAAACUCUUGCUUCUCUCAUGAGAGUUGAAUCUUUUCGACAAGAUUUUCAAUUCUCUUCCACUGAGAGUUCCAUCUUUACCACUCGUCUCACCAAGCAUUUCAUUCAAACUCAUCUCUCGAACGAUCCGUUCAUUCAAAGCCAUGUCGAAUGGAUCAAACAAGUUCCCAAUGAAUAUAAACUCACUUUUCCACAAUUGACUUUGGAAUCAUUGAAAUUGCAUGGAGAAGUGAAAAUUAUUUAUGAUCGCAAAAUGACAAGUGUAGAGAGAAUGAAUCGACUUUUAACCAUGAAAGAAUGGUUUCAUACACGUUUGCAACAUACUCUUACUCAAGAAUUACUUUCACUGAAUAUGGAACAAGUCUUUUCUAGUAUGAAACGUUUCAAUAUUCGAGAAUAUUUUCGAUUCCAAAAUGAAAUUCCACAAGAAUGGUUUCGAAAUGACAUUUCUGUACAAGAUUCUAGUCAUGGUCGUACUGGAGAAGAAUCAGCAGUUGACAAUGGUGUUGAUAAUGAUGGUAGUAGUAGUAGUAAUGAUGAUUUCAUUCAUCCCGUUCAUCAAGUCAAAGCAUGGCUCGAGAACAAAUUGACAGAAUUCUUUAAUUUAAAGUUUGACUUGAACUUGGAUGGACAUUUACACAUUUCACUCUCCAAUUUCAAUGCACAAGUUUGGGAUCGUCUCGAACGUGCUGAAUUUUCACAUGAAAGUGUUCAACUUUUAUCGAGAAGAGAAGAUUUACAACGUUUCAUGAAUUCCAUUCCAGAAUUGUCUCAUUUAUGGGAUUCCAUUUCAAAUCAAAUGGGUUCUCAAUUAUUGGAUCAAUUAUUGGCUGAUCCUUCUGUGAAUUACAUUACAAGAACGACUCGAAUUGGUUUGGACAAUUUAGAAAUUAACAAGAUGGUUCAAAAUGGAGGAGGUAAUAAUAAUACCUAUUUCUGGAAUCAUGGAAUUACAGGAGAGGGUGAAGUGUUGGCCUUUACUGAUACAGGUAUUGAUCCAAAUCAUUGUUUCUUUUCAGGUGUGAAUGAGUCCUAUGUCAAUGUUAAUAUGACCAAUCGUAAAAUUGUGUACAUUGAUAUUCAAGGAGGUCUUGGAGAUUAUGCAGAUAAUCAUGGUCAUGGUACUCAUGUUGCUGGUACCCUUGCAGGAAUACCCUCCAACUUUACACCCUCUGUCAAUAAUGAAAUAGGUGUGGCCAUUGGUGCCAAAUUAUAUGUUGUGGAUGGAGACAAAACCAGCGGACUCAUUUCCUUCUCGAGCAUUAGUACCUAUCUUCGAAAUGCUUUCAAUCGUGCCAAAUCAUGCAUUUCUUCUAAUUCAUGGGGUUGUAACCCUAAAUAUUCGUGUUCGUUUGAUUGUGUCUGUCAACAAACUCUUGCCAAUGGUACCAAAGUUCCAAUUUCCAAUGACGAAUGUUUAGCAAGUAUUGGUCGAAGAUGUUGUGAAUUCUGUAACAAGUACGAUUUUUAUGGAUAUGAUUUGGAUAAUUAUUUGGGUACUGUGAAUGAUCAAGUGACAUUUUUUGGAAGUGCUGGAAACUCGGCCUCGAUGGCAUUGUUAGGAACUAUUGGAGGUUCUGCUCCGAGCAAGAAUGGUGUUGCUGUAGGAAGUAUGUACAGCAAGGAUACCAUGUCUUCAUUUUCGAGUAGAGGACCAACUGUGGAUGGAAGAAUCAAACCAGACAUUGUCACUCCAGGAGAUGGCAUUGCAAGCGCACUCACCAAAACGUCUUGUUCUCUCACUUCCAAAUCAGGAACUUCAAUGGCUUGUCCUGCUGCUGCUGGAGCUGCUGGUCUUGUUCGACAUUAUUUCAAUAAGAAUAAUCAACAAAAAUUGAAAGAACUCGAAAUUGGAAACAAGACAGUGACUGGUUUGACACUUUCUGGAACUCUGGUCAAGGCCAUGAUGAUUCAUUCUGGAGAACAAAUGAUUGGAUCAGCUGCCAAUUUAGGAUAUCCAAUGAGUCAAUUGCCAGUUCCAAAUAAUUUCUUUGGAUUCGGAAGAGUGAAUUUACAAAAUGUGUUAAAGAUUGAUGCUGAUCCAUUUUCUGUGAACAAGAUUGGAAAUUUGAGUAUUGUGAAUCGAAUGUAUUUGGAUGUUUUGGAUUCGGUCAAGUUCCAAUUUCAAGCCACACGAAUGACCAAUGUCAAAGUGACCAUUACAUGGUAUGAUUUACCUUCAUCAUUAUCUGAAAAAGAAGCUGUGAAAAAGUUGAUCAACGAUUUGGAUUUAUUGGUCACGGUUCAAAAUUCGACCACAAGUGUGUUAAAAACUUUUUAUGGUAAUCUAGAGCUGACCAAUAACAGUGCUCAUGAUUCAGUGAAUACUGUUGAGAGUGUUACUGUGAAUGCAAUUCCAAGUGGAAGUUUUGUGAAUAUUAGUGUCACUGCCAAAUCUACCAAUAAGGGUAAACAAGCAUUCAGUAUGGUCGUGACAGGUGGCAUUUACUUGAUUCAACCUUCUUCAACAAGUGUCAUUACUCCACCGCCACAACUCCUUCUCCCUCACCUCAACCACAACCCAUUCAAUCAAGUCCCAAACCAAAAGUUUCUUCCUCUCAACAGACAAACCCAAAACCAAGUACACAAAGAGCUCAAAACUCGUUCCAAGUGA